UACGCACCUGGUUUAGGGGCGACAGAAGGAAUGAUGGGUAUCAACCUAUGGAUCACAUCAGGCAAAGACGAGUUCGUCCUUUUACCGGGGUAUACAGUCUUUGAGUUCAUUCCAGAGGAGAAUAUGGAAGACGAAACUCCCGAGACGCUGUUCCUUGAUGAACUGACAAUCGAUGGCGUGUAUGAGAUCGUCAUCACUCAACUCUUCGGCUGCUAUCGGUUUCGCUAUGGUGACGUCAUCAAGAUAACUCGUUUCCACAUGAAUACCCCCGUGGCUGAGUUCAUGUAUAGGUCUGGUCAGAUGUUAAAUGUUGUAUCAGAGAAAGUUGAUCAGCGGACAGUGCAGGAAGCCAUGUGUGCUGCUGUGGACCAGUGGCCUGAUGUUCAGAUACGGGAUUAUGCCGUAGCAGAAAGCACACUCUUAGCUGAGUUAGAUAACCGUGAUAAGACUGUGUGUCCGUAUUACAUCGUGUUCAUCGAGUUGGACCAAGAUCCAGACUCAGGUGACAUAGAUCAGGACCAGUACUGCCUGAUUGACAGUGAACUGCAGCGGUUGUCUUUCACCUACAAAUCGUAUCGUGAGAAAGGUUGCAUAGCAACCCCCAGCGUUCACAUUGUGAAACCCGGUACAUUUAGCCUGUUACAUGACUUCAUCCUAACGAACACGACCACUACAGCCAACCAGUACAAAGUUCCAAGAAAACUACGUACACCACAGAUGCUCAGGCUUAUGCUUGAUAACUCCGCCGUGAGAUCAAAUACAUUCGGGAGGAUGGCCGAGCUAUAAAGAUCGACUGAAAAGCACUUUAUGUAGACCGCCUAGCGCUACCUUCACUUUAAUAACACAAACAUUAGUGUGUUUCAAAUAAUGCACCAUACAUUUUCUAGCAAAGGAAAGCAGGAGUAUACUUGACACACUGUCUUACAACCUGUGUAUUCUUUAAAGGUUUACAAGAUUAUUUUUAUCCGAGGCAAAUAUUGUUCUUUACGCACAUUAUUUUCUUCAUAUUAUUUCCAUAAUGAACGCGUUUUGUACGCCUAGAAGUUUUAAUAAAUAAAUAAAUUAAUUAAUUAAUGUAUUAUAAUUGAAUAUGUUACUCAAAUUGAUUUUUCAUAAAUAUUUGCUAUCUAUAUUAACUUUGCUCGUAAUGAAUUAAUACUCUUAUUUACAUGUCUUUAGUUUAAGGUUUUUAUAUUUCGUUUUUGUAACUAUUUAAUUAUACUUGUACAUGCUUAUUUUUUACUUUGUAAAGCGCAUAGAAAAACUUAUGUUUAUUAUGCGCUCAAUAAAUCUAUCUUUUGUAUUAUUAUUAAUAAAGCGGAACGUCCAAUGAGACCGACUGAACACGAAGCCAAUGUUUGUCUGAUGAACGAUCAGACGGUUGUCAAAAAGACUUUCGUAUGGGAUGUCCCAAGAACCUCAUGCCGGUCGGGUUUGUUGAAGCCUAUUGUAUAUAGUAUUUAUUUAUUUGGUGACAUCAUUUAGCUUUGUACAUAUAUUUUGCUAUAUUUUCAGCAGGUAUUCUGCACAUUCCCUUUUUCUAUGACGCGGAGGUCAUACGAAACAGCUUUUUAUGGUUUGAAAAGAUAGAUUGUUUUAGUUUUAGUGGUGAUUAUUUUACCUGACUUCUAAGAAAGCAUAAAUGCUUGUUAGUAAGCAACCAUAUACAUGAUGCCAUCAUUUAUUUAGCUCAAAAAGCGAUAUCAGAAAGAAGUUUUUAAACAUGCCAAAUUGAAGACAGUCUAGUAUUAAACAGAGUUAACAUUUAUUUGCAAGAUCUGAAUUGCAAGAUCAAGGCAAUUUUCCACCAGGAUAUUUCGUGUAAAAUUUACCUUUAUUUUCCACCUCAAUUAACCAAUUUACCCAUGCAACUUUUAAACCAGUUAAAACAGAAAGAUGUAACAUUUUAACCCUCCUAGAAUGUAAUCCCUUUGGAUUGUGUGACGGCUGAUCUUAUCUGAUUUUAAAUUGAUUUCAUUUACCCCCCCCCCCCCCCACUCAGUGUUAUUUAGGGUACGCGUAUGCAUGUUCCCUCCUUUUGAAAACACCCCCUAAGUCAGGUGUUUAAAGUCAAUACGGACCGAUUUUGUGUGUUUUACGAGCCGGACUUUAAUUGUUGCGUGAAAAUUACCCCUUUACCGGACAUUUUGGGAAUAUGAAUGCGGUCCCUCCGUUCCC